AUGUCUGUCCCCCCGAAGAUCACUUUCACGACCUUUCACAACAUCAUCAACAAUGAGUUAGCGAAUACCGCCACGACACGCCAUGCCAUAUGCCCUAGCAACGAGGAGCCUCUUGGAGAAGUCCCGGUUUCGGCCAAAGGAGACGUAGAUCGCGCCGUGAGUGCAGCGAAUGCGGCCUUUCUCGUCUGGAGUAAACUGUCGCAGGACGAGCGCGCCGAUUACCUCAACAAGUUCGCCGAUGCGAUCGAGGCGAACAAGGAUGAGCUCACCGAACUUCUCGGCAAGGAGGUGGGAAAGCCACCCCAGGCCGCCGGCUUCGAACUCUCCCUUGUUAUAGGUUUGGCCCGGGAAACGCCAAAAUUACGACUAAAGGAAGAGAAGCCUAUAGAUGAUGCAGAUCGGACUGCUAUCUUGCGAUACGUUCCUCUCGGUGUCGGUGUUGGUAUCGUUCCCUGGAAUUUUCCACUUACCUUAGGCAUUGGAAAACUACUUCCUGCCCUUCUUGCCGGAAACACUUUCAUUUGGAAGCCUUCGCCCUACUCGCCCUACACAGCUUUAAAGCUGGCCGAGUUGGGUGCCAAGGUCUUCCCUCCAGGCGUGUUUCAGGCACUAAGUGGAGAUGAAAGCCUUGGUCCCUUACUGACAGCCCAUCCUGACGUCGCAAAGAUCAGCUUCACUGGUUCAGUUGAGACCGGUAAGAAAGUUAUGUCCGCGUGUGCAGGCACUUUGAAGCGGGUGACCCUUGAGCUUGGUGGUAAUGACGCCGCUAUUGUCUGCGACGACGUCGAUAUCGAUUCGGUGGCCUUCCUAUCGUUUGUCCACUGCGGCCAGAUUUGCAUGAAUAUUAAGCGGAUAUUCGUGCAUGAGAACAUAUACGACCAGUUCUUAGCUGCUAUGGUCGCCACCACUAAACAAUUCAAGACUGGGGACCACAAUGACCCUGAGGCUUUCUUCGGUCCCAUCCAGAACAGAAUGCAGUACGAAAAACUGCAGAAAUUCUACUCGCAGAUCGGUGAGGAGGGUUGGAAGACGGCGCUAGGAGGAGAGCCGGGACCUAAGGAGGGUAAGGGCUUUUAUAUGCCUCCCACGAUUAUCGACAAUCCUCCAGAUGACUCUAGCAUCGUUGUCGACGAGCCUUUCGGGCCUAUCGUUCCCGUGCUCAAGUGGACAGAUGAUGCCGAUGUGAUUAAGCGUGCGAAUGCGUCCAAACUCGGCCUCGGAGCCUCGGUCUGGAGCAAAGACGUGGCUCAUGCCCAACGUCUAGCGGAGCAGCUUCAGGCUGGAAGCAUUUGGGUUAACACUCACUUCGAACUGGCACCUAACGUGCCGUUCGGUGGCCAUAAAGAGAGUGGCCUUGGCAUGGACUGGGGCGAAGUCGGAUUGAAGGGCUGGUGCAAUCCUCAGGCAUAUUGGGUCAAGCACUCCAGUUAG